GCUGAGCUGCUACUCUGCGAGAGUUCUUGGCGCAGCAGAGUCCAUCCAGCAGCUCCCUCCCAGGACCACGACGCCUCCCCAGCCCAGUGUUUCUUAAAAGCCGAGUUGUCGUCGUCUUUCCGCAGAAAGGCCAGAAGAUUUUUACGUAGCUCGAGCUAGGAGCCUGGCAUUGCAUUUUUUUUUUUGGUGGGGAUUUUUUUUUUUGGCUGCAAUUGCAUGAAAGCCCAAUGGUGUAGACCAGUGGCAAUGGAUCUAGGAGUUUAUCAACUAAGACAUUUCUCGAUCUCUUUCUUGUCGUCUUUACUGGGCACUGAAAACGCCUCUGUGAGACUUGACAGCAGCUCCUCUGGUGCAAGUGUGGUCGCUAUUGACAACAAAAUCGAACAAGCAAUGGAUCUGGUGAAAAGCCAUUUGAUGUAUGCCGUCAGGGAGGAAGUAGAGGUCCUCAAAGAGCAGAUUAAAGAACUGAUAGAGAAAAACUCCCAGCUGGAGCAGGAGAACAAUCUGCUGAAGACUCUGGCCAGUCCCGAGCAACUCGCCCAGUUCCAGGCCCAGCUGCAGACUGGCUCCCCGCCUGCCACCUCGCAGCCCCAGGGCACCACACAGCCCCCCGCCCAGCCAGCGUCCCAGGGCUCGGGACCCUCGGCAUAGCCGCUCAUGGCCCUUCCAGGCGGGCUGGGGCCCUGUGAACUGAACCGAGGAGGAGAUGAACUAGCAGGAAUCUGCCACGAGUCAUCCAUUUCAUUGCGCACACUGCACAAGAGACAGACGGGAGACUGACAUAGACACCAGUAUACUUUUUGUUUCCAGUAUUAAACACUCAUCCGCUUUGGCCUUGAAGAAACUUCUUAGGUUGGUGACUUACAUGUCAGUCAGAGAACUAGCACAGACACUGGGAACCCUGGCAGCUUCCCGGGUCCCCGAGAUGGGCCCAUUCACUUCCCGAGGUGGGGAGCGGGCCGCCUCUUCUCCCCAGCAGCUGUCUAGCCCAAGUCCUGGACACUUGGCAUCUGGAAGCAGCGGCUGCUCCAACAAGGGCUUUCCCCACCCAUCAGCAACUUGCGAGGGGAGAAAAAGUAAGGACUGAUGCAUAGUAUCACCUAAAAUAAGGGGACAUUUGUAGUUCAGUAUUCCAUUUGACGACUGUCACCAGAAUCACCAAAUCACAUUAGUGUUCAUGCCACUUUCUGGAAGAAGCAGUGGAUGCACAGCUGUUAGGGCGACUGAAAGGUGACAGGUAGCUGGGACCUAGGUUAAUUUACAAUGAAGGUUAUUUUGCCUAAUGUAUAUUUGUGUAUGUAGUGUAAGUAUUUUGUAAAAUAGAAGACUGUAACUACUACCUUAGGUUGUACAGAUUGAAAUUUAGUUGUUUCAUUGGCUGAUCUGAAGUUUGGAUAGUCCUUUUUUAUAUAUAUUAUAUUAUAUAUAUAUAUAUUAAAUGCUACAUGAAGAAAAAUGCACCUGAGCAAAUGUUCGGAAUUUAGAAGAUUUAUGCUGUUUGUGUAAUUUCUGAAAUUCCCUGGCUGCUUGAUUAAUAUUGAAGUAAACCCCAGUUCACGGAAGUUGUUGGUUAAGACAGUUCAAAUACUCCCCAAUAUGAUUGAUUCUGGCUAAGAAUAUGAAUCUCCCAGCCUGGGUUUUUGCAUAUUACCUGUAUAGUAGUUAUGUGCAUAUGUUCUGUGCAUGUUCUCUAAACAGUUGUAACCGGUCCCUGUAUUUAACUGUGGCGCUUGUCAACUUUCAAUAAAGCAUAUACAAUGUUGAUAAA